AUGGCAUCCGCCACUGGCAAGGAGCCCGAGUGGACCGCCGUCAAGGUCCGCUCGACCUUUAUCAACUACUUCAAGGAGAAUGGCCACACAUUCGUCCCCAGCGGCAGUGUUGUGCCACUUUCUGACCCCACCCUUCUCUUCACCAAUGCCGGCAUGAACCAGUACAAGUCCAUUUUCUUGGGAACAGUCGAUCCGGACUCUGAUUUCGCCAAACUCAAGCGUGCUGCGAACUCGCAGAAGUGUAUUCGUGCGGGUGGCAAACACAAUGACCUCGACGAUGUCGGCAAAGACUCAUAUCACCACACAUUCUUUGAAAUGCUGGGCAACUGGUCUUUCGGCGACUACUUCAAGAAGGAAGCCAUUGGUUUCUCAUGGAAUCUCCUCACCAAGGUCUACGGUCUCUCACCCGAUCGACUCUACGUCACUUACUUCGAGGGCAAGGCUGAUGCCGGUCUUGAGCCCGAUCUGGAGGCCAAGAACCUAUGGCUGGCCGCUGGAGUUCCCGAGGACCACAUUCUCACUGGUGACAUGAAGGACAACUUCUGGGAGAUGGGCGACCAGGGUCCCUGUGGACCCUGCUCUGAGAUUCACUACGACCGUAUCGGCGGCCGCAAUGCCUCAGAUCUCGUCAACCAGGACGAUCCAAACGUCAUUGAGAUUUGGAACAACGUCUUCAUUCAGUACAACCGUGAGCCAGACAAGUCGCUAAAGCCGUUGCCUAACAAGCACGUCGAUACCGGCAUGGGUUUCGAGCGGUUGGUCUCCAUCCUACAAGACAAGCCUUCCAACUACGAUACCGACGUUUUCACACCUCUCUUCAAGACCAUUCAAGACAUCACUGGUGCGAGGGACUACCGCGGCACUUUCGGCGAUGAGGAUGCCGACGGAGUUGAUACAGCUUACCGUGUCGUUGCUGAUCACGUUCGUCUUCUCACAUUCGCCAUCUCUGAUGGUGGAGUACCCAACAACGUCGGCCGUGGAUAUGUCGUCCGCCGCGUGCUCCGUCGUGGAGCUCGCUACGCCCGCAAGUACUUCAACACUGAGAUUGGCAGCUUUUUCUCCAAGAUUGUGCCCACUCUUGUCGACCAGAUGGGGGACAUGUUCCCAGAGAUCAAGAAGAAGCAGCAAGAUGUCAAGGAGAUUCUCGAUGAGGAGGAAUUGAGCUUUGCCAAGACGCUUGAUCGUGGCGAGGUCAUGUUUGAGAAGUAUGCUGAGGCAUGCAAGACCAAGGGAAGUAAGGAGAUGACCGGUGCCGAUGUGUGGCGGCUAUACGACACCUACGGCUUCCCAGUCGAUCUCACUAAGCUCAUGGCUGAGGAGCGUGGUCUGGAUAUCGACGAGGAGGACGUCAAGACYGCCCAGGAGAAGGCUAGACUGGCUUCCAAGGGUGAGGCCAAAGCUGGCGCUCAAGUUGUCAAGCUCAACGUCCACGACAUCAGCGCUCUGGAGAAGAUGGCCGACGUCCCCAAGACGGAUGACUCACACAAGUUUCAAAAGGCAAACAUCAAGGCGCACAUCAAGGCCAUUUACCAUGAUGGAAAGUUUGUGCAAUCUACGACCGAGUUCCCCGAGGGCGAGCAGUUUGGUGUCGUUCUCGACCGCACAAACUUCUACGCCGAGCAGGGUGGUCAAGAGAACGAUCAAGGUCGUAUCCUCAUUGAUGGCGAGGCAGAGAUCAACGUGCAGAACGUUCAGCUCUAUGCCGGCUAUGUCCUCCACACUGGCGAGAUGAGCUACGGGAAUCUGAAGGUCAAUGAUGAAGUGCUGUGUGAGUACGACGAGCUUCGCCGCCAGCCAAUCCGCAACAACCACACUGGUACUCACAWUCUCAACUUCGCUCUCCGCGAGGUCCUCGGCGAUGAUAUCAACCAGAGAGGAUCUCUUGUCGCUCCCGAGAAGCUGCGCUUUGAUUUCAGCCACAAGACUGCCGUCACUGACGGUGAGCUUGCCAAGAUUGAGGAGCUCACCACCAGUUACAUCCGCCAGAACAGCGAAGUCUACUCAAAGGACGUCGCGCUCACCCUUGCAAAGGCGAUCUCAGGAGUACGUGCCGUCUUCGGCGAGACCUAUCCAGACCCUGUCCGUGUUGUCUCAAUUGGUGUGCCUGUCGAGGACCUGCUCGAGGACCCAAGCCGGUCAGACUGGAACAAGGUUUCAGUUGAGUUCUGUGGUGGUACACACGUGAAGAACACCACCGAAAUCAAGGACCUGGUCAUCCUCGAGGAGAGCGGCAUUGCCAAGGGUAUUCGCCGUAUCGUCUGUGUCACUGGACAGACCGCACAUGAAGUCCAGCGCAUCGCCGAGGAGUGGAAUGAGAAAGCUGCUUCCCUCGAGUUGAUGCCAUACGGACCCGAAAAGGAGUCCAAGACCAAGGAGUGGCAGCACGAGCUGAACAGACUUGAGAUCUCUGCCCUCUCCAAGACUGCAUUAAAGAAGCGCUUCGAGGGCAUCAUCAAGGGUAUCCAAGAGCAGCAAAAGGCCGCGCAGAAGGUUGAAAACAAGAAGGUUCUCGACGCCGUUGCCGAGCAGUUUGAGAAGAACAAGGAGAAUAAGAGCGUGGUCAUCAGCAUCCCGGAUCUUUCUCCUGGUAGCAAGGCCAUUCAGGAGGCCAUCAAGCAGAUCUCGAGCAAGCAGAAGGACAAGAAUGUCUAUCUUGUUGCACGGUCUACCGAUGACAAGGUCAUUCACGGAUGCCACGUCUCCGCUGAGGCGCAGGGGAAGGGUGCUGAUGCUAACAAGUGGUCUGGCCAAGUCGCCGAGCUGGUCGGUGGUAAGGCUGGUGGCAAGGGCGCUACUUGUAUUGGUCAGGGCAUGAAUGUGGAUAAGGUAGAUGACGCUGUUGAGGCUGCGCGGAAGUAUCUUGAGGGUUUGAGCUUGUGA